GAACUGAUGUUGAUUGGUAGUAAGUAUUGACAUUUGAUUUUAGUCGCUCAUUUUAUAGGUUAUUACAUGGGAGUCAAAUGUAUCGUUUAACAAAAAUAAUAAAAAAUGUUAUGUCCGUGCAUGGGAAGAUUUAUAUUUAAAACAAAUUCCUCUUUGUGGAGCUCCAAGGUUUUUUUCUCAACUAUAAAGCAAAAUGUCUUGGAUUCUUCUACACGGUUAAUGCCGGAAGCAUCUAAUUGUGAUACUAGAUUAUUGAAAGUUGCUAUUAUAGGAAUGCCCAAUGCCGGCAAAAGUACAUUUAUUAACGGAUUAAUGGAUAGAAAGGUUUGUGCAACAUCUCUGAAAGUUCAUACGACAAGAUCAAAAGCAAAGGCAAUCUUUACAAGAGAUGACACUCAAAUUGUUUUCUUUGACUCUCCUGGGCUAGUGAAUGAUAGAGAAAUGAAAAAAUUCAAUUUACAAAAUACAUUUUCAAGAGAUUGUAGAUCUAUAUCAAAGGAAGCUGACAUAAUUGGGGUGAUACAUGAUGCAUCAAAUAUAUGGACAAGAGAAAAAUUAGAUAUUAAAAUAAUUAAAAUAUUAGAAAAACAUAAGGAGAAAUCAAGUUUUUUAAUUCUUAAUAAGGUUGAUAAAUUAAACUCAAAAAGAAAAUUAUUAGAUAUUACGAAAAUUCUUACCGAAAACUCUAUUAGUGGUAAGCCUAUAGGAAUGAGAAAAAUUUUUGAAAAAGAGUGUAUUGAGAAUAAAGGAUGGCCCUAUUUUUCCAAUAUAUUUAUGGUAUCUGCUUUGACAGGCGACGGAUUAACGGAAAUUCAAGAUUACCUUAUUACAAAUGCUAAGCCUGGAGAAUGGAUGUUUCCAGAAGAAGUUUGGACUGACCAGAAUCCAGAGUCUAUAAUAUUGAAUACAGUGAGAGGUGUUCUACUUGAUUAUUUACCUCAAGAAAUACCUUACAAACUCAAACCAAUUAUGGAAUAUUUUCAUGUGGAUGAAUUAACAGGUAAAAUUAAUACAGUCGUCUUAAUUGAUUGUCCAACAUCCAGAAUAGCAAGACUCUUAUCAGGUACUUCAGAUGGAAGACUAAGGUUACUAACUGAACAGAUUCAAGGAGAUCUUCAAAAUGCGUUUAAAAAUUUUGUCAAAAUACAAAUUAUACCUAAGUAUACUGGAAGUUCGAAAUAAAUUUUAAAAGCUAG